AUGCGCAAUAUCACUGCAAUAACAGAAUUCAUCCUUAUGGGGUUCUCUGAUAUCCAUGAACUACAGACUCUAUGUGGAGUAUUAUUCCUAGUGAUGUACGUGGUAGCCCUAGUAAGUAACCUGAUCAUCAUCACUCUCAUCUCCCUUGACCUGCAGCUUCAAACACCCAUGUACUUCUUCCUGAAGAAUUUGUCCUUGUUGGAUGCCUUUUUUGUGUCUGUUCCAAUUCCAAAGUUCUUUGUCAGUAACCUAACUCACAACAGUUCCAUUUCCAUUAAUGGAUGUGCCUUCCAAGUGUUUUUAAUGACUUCGUUUGCAGCAGAAGUCUUUAUCCUGACAGGUAUGUCCUAUGACCGCUAUGUGGCCAUUUGCAGUCCCUUACACUAUCCAACCAUAAUGAGUAGUGGUAUGUGUGUGCUUAUGACAGCUGUUUCCUGGGCUACUGGAGUAAUAGUUGGAGCCAUAUAUACAGCGGGCACAUUUUCCAUGCCUUUCUGUGGCUCCAAUGUGAUCCCACAGAUUUUUUGUGAUAUUCCCUCCUUGCUAAGGAUCUCAUGCUCUAAAACACUUGCGGCCAUUUAUUCAAGUCUUGGAAUUGGAGUUUGUGUAGGCUUGUUUUGUUUCAUCUGUGUGGUGAUCUCUUACUUUUACAUUUUCUCCACUGUGCUUAAGAUUCCUACGACUGAAGGGAAGUCCAAAGCAUUUGCCACGUGCAUCCCCCACCUCACUGUGUUCACUGUUUUCCUUGCCACUGCUUGCUUUGUCUAUGUGAAGCCACCCUCAAGUGUCCCAUCAAUUACAGAUAGGAUUUUUUCUGUGCUCUACUCUGUGUUACCUCCAACACUUAAUCCUGUGAUUUACAGCCUGAGGAACACGGGUGUCAAGUGUGCUCUGAGAAGAUGGCAGCAAAAUCUCUGCCCAAGGGGUUCACUUCAUGUCACAUUUUAA